AUGGAAAAAACGAUGGAAGACCAAUGCGAGACCAAUUUGAUGAAGGGGGAUGGAAAGAAAAAACAAAUCAACGAUGAGAAGUUGUCUAUAUCGGCUCAAAGGCUACUCGAGCGGAACACGCUUAAACUGCAGGAACUCAUCGAGAGUAGCUACACAAAUUGUAUAAAGAAAAGUGACAGAGAUCAUUUCCGCCAGUACACCCCACGGGUAAUGUGUGGCAACCCGUGCGAGUUUUUCCCAUCAACUCCUCUUUCCGAUUUUCAAAGCCCUCAGCUUUUCGAAAAGCUUCCCCUGGAUACGCUCUUUUUUAUAUUUUACUAUCAACCGGGAACCUACCAGCAACACCUGGCGGCGAAGGAACUGAAGAAAAAAUCUUGGAAGUACCACAAGAAAUACACAACUUGGUUUUUGCCGUGCGAUAAGAACAUUCGCAUGCUGAAUGACAAAACGGAGCAAGGAACCUACCUGUCCUUUGACUACGAGUCGACCUGGUCCAAACAACUGAAGGAGGCCUUCUCUUUUGAAGACAUGUACCUGGAAGAUGAAAUAACGACGUAG